AUGGCUACCAACAAUUCGAGUGCAUCCACCAUAUCGUGUGUGCCAAAUAAUCAAAGCGAUUUGGUCAUUGUCCAUGCAAUACAAGGGAUCUACGGUGGUAUAUCGAUAUUGUUGUAUAUUCUGAAUAUCAGAGCCCUAUUGCAACAACGUAAUCCUCUUGACCGAGUCUUUAGUAAACUGUAUAUAGCAAGUGCUAUUCUUAGUAUAAUUUAUUUCCUUGCUCAUUAUUGUAUCCAACGUUUUGUUGGUUUGGGAUUCUGGUGUAAUGAACUACUGUAUGCGUUUGGAAAACCCAAUUGGGUGUUGAAUCCCUAUAAAUCUAUUGCUACAUACUGCCCUAUGGCUAUUCUCGUUCUACAUUUUACGAUUUCUUUCAAUCGCUUCACCGCUUUCUGGGCACACCAUUACACCAGAAUUUUGAUACUGUCAUUACUUGUACCGUUGAUAUUCACAUGGUUCGUAUUACCUUGUCGAAGUUAUGCCCAAGUUGACAAGGAAAAAGGAGGACUUGUGAUCGAAUAUGAGAGGGUUUUUGCAUUGAGUGCUUCGUUACACUCGGCGAUAGCGGCUGCCGUAUUCGGGCUACUCACUUUUCUCGUCACUAUUGUGAUCUUCAUAAAACUUCUUAACACCAACUUAAAGCGGAUAUCAGCAGCGGAAAAAACGAUGCUAGCCUUUGAGGGAUUUCUAGCUUUCACGACACUGAUGUAUGCGACGACACAGGCAUUGCUAUAUUCUUCUAAAUAUUUCUUCAAAAGCGAGACUAUGCAGAACUCGGUUAUGUUCUUCAGAGAUUUUAUAAUCGACAUUUUCAUUUUACCUAAUGCAUGGACGCUUCCUCUUCUGAGUCAAUCGGUUCGACGUUUUUAUGUGAGAACGUUCUACUGGAUAAUUGGGAAGAAGGUCAGUGUUCAACAACCACUGACAGUGUCACAAAGACUACACUGCGCCACACGGAAUAACAGUUGA